GGAUUCCGGGUGUUUGCUGGAUGCCUGAAGACCGGAGGGACAGGAGCUGACUACCUUCGGCGGAAGGGCUCCAGCAAGCUUCACGUCAUACAGAUGGACAUCACCAGUCAAAAACAGCUGGAGAAAGCUGCACAGGAGAUCAAGGACUUGCUGCCUGAGGGAGAGGGCGUGUGGGGACUGGUGAACAAUGCCGGUGUGUGUACCCUGGGCCCCGUAGAGUGGGUGUCCAUGGAAGGCUUCAGGAAGGACCCGGAGGUUAAUGUAUUUGGCCUCGUUGCUGCUACCAAAACAUUCCUGCCGCUCGUCCGUCUUGCUAAAGGUCGUGUUGUGAUCAUCUCCAGCGCUGCCGGUCGAGUCAGCAGAAGCUUCAUGGCUCCUUACUGUGUUUCAAAAUUCGCCGUGGAAGGUUUAGCAGACGCUCUGCGGCAGGAAAUGCGUCAGUUUGAUGUUAAGGUGUGUCUCAUCGAGCCUGGAAACUUCGGUGCAGGUACGUAAUGAUGUUCCAAUAUAUCUAUCUAUCUAUCUAUCUAUCUAUAUAUAUAUACAGUGGACCCCCGCAUAA